CCCUCGUCUUAUUUUUUUCAGGUCACUUCGUGAUGUUCUCGUUUACAUAGGCUAGCAGAAAAAAAUAAUAAAAAACAACAAGGAAAGAAAUAUUUAUAAAAGAAAUCAUACCAUAAAAAUUGCUUCCCCGAAAAAAAGAAAACUAACUCGAAAUAAAAAAAAACAACAUACAGCAAAUAAAUUCUAUAUGAAAUUACCGUAAAGAAAGUAGAAGAAAAAAGCAUUGAGGCUUAGAAAAUAAAAGAAAAUACAACAAGCAUCUAGUGAAACGAACAAAGGAAAAAAAUCGUAAAAAAACAACAAAGAAAAUUUAAACAUUUUUUUUAGAAGAACAACCAAAUAAAACCAAAAAAAAAUAUUGUUUAGGCUUAAAAAAAUACUUUAAAUAAGAGAAAAAGGUAAAGCUUUAAAAGAAACAAGACAACAACAAAAACUACAAAAAACAACAAAAAUAACGAAACAUGUCUUCGCCAGCAACACAGCAUCCACCAACAACACAACAGCAGCAACAACAAAAAUCAGCAGCAGCUACCAACAAUAAUAUACAUGAGAAACCUACAGCUGUAAAUGCCACAACUAAAGGAUCAACACAAUCCACUACACAGGCCGCAACAGCUGCUGGCGGCGGUGGUGGUGGUGGCGGUGGUUCUGCUUCAAAUAGUCUCAACAAUAGUCCCACUAAAAAGCCACCAUUAAAUACUAAAGAUCGUGUCAUCGACAGUGUACCCUUUCCGCCCAGUCGCAAACUGAACUUGGCCGAUGUAUUUGAUGCUCGCACGGGUAAACCAAAUCACGAUGUACUUAAGCAGCAUUUUAUAUUGGAAGGUCGCAUCGAAGAGGAUGCCGCCCUUAAGAUUAUACGUGAUGGUGCUGCCUUGCUGAGGCAAGAGAAGACCAUGAUUGAUAUUGAAGCACCUGUAACAGUGUGCGGUGAUAUACACGGACAAUUCUAUGAUCUCAUGAAAUUGUUCGAAAUCGGUGGCUCACCGGCCACCACAAAAUAUCUAUUCUUGGGUGAUUAUGUAGAUCGAGGCUAUUUUAGUAUUGAGUGUGUCUUGUACUUGUGGUCGCUAAAGAUCACUUAUCCCACGACCUUGUUUUUGCUGCGUGGCAAUCAUGAGUGUCGCCAUUUAACUGAAUACUUUACUUUUAAGCAGGAAUGCAAAAUAAAAUACUCGGAACGAGUGUAUGAUGCGUGUAUGGAGGCAUUUGAUUGUUUGCCGCUGGCGGCUUUAAUGAACCAACAGUUCCUUUGUGUCCACGGCGGUCUAUCGCCCGAGAUACACGAACUGGAGGAUAUACGCCGUUUGGAUCGUUUCAAAGAACCUCCUGCCUUUGGGCCUAUGUGUGAUCUGUUGUGGUCCGAUCCCUUGGAGGACUUUGGCAAUGAGAAAAACUCAGAUUUCUAUACGCACAAUUCGGUGAGAGGCUGUUCGUAUUUUUACAGUUAUGCAGCCUGCUGCGAUUUUCUGCAAAACAACAAUCUACUCUCGAUUAUACGAGCUCACGAGGCGCAGGACGCUGGCUAUCGUAUGUAUCGGAAAUCACAAACCACCGGCUUUCCGUCGCUCAUUACCAUAUUCUCAGCACCCAACUAUUUGGAUGUCUACAAUAAUAAGGCUGCUGUAUUAAAAUAUGAAAACAAUGUCAUGAAUAUACGCCAAUUCAAUUGUUCCCCCCAUCCCUAUUGGCUUCCCAACUUUAUGGAUGUCUUCACUUGGUCUUUGCCUUUCGUUGGCGAGAAAGUCACCGAAAUGUUGGUGAAUGUCUUGAACAUUUGCUCUGACGAUGAACUAAUGACCGAAAGUGAAGAACCCUGCUCGGAUGAUGAGGCGGCCUUACGCAAAGAAGUCAUACGCAAUAAAAUACGUGCCAUUGGCAAAAUGGCUCGUGUCUUCUCAGUUUUGCGUGAAGAAUCUGAAUCUGUACUGCAAUUAAAGGGCCUGACACCGACCGGUGCCUUGCCAUUGGGAGCUCUAUCUGGAGGUAAACAAUCAUUGAAAAAUGCAAUGCAAGGCUUUUCACCCAAUCACAAAAUCACCUCGUUUGCGGAAGCCAAAGGUUUGGAUGCUGUUAAUGAGCGUAUGCCUCCUCGUCGUGAUACAACACCCUCGCCGGCUGAAGAAGGCCAAAAAACCUUGUCCCAGCAAGCAGCUGCUGCUGCCAAUGCCAAUGCGAAUUCAAUCAAUGGAUAAUUCUAAGUCAAAUGCUA